AUUGCCGGGGGAUGGGUUAUCGCCGCCGCAACCAACCUUCCCACGUACCAGAUUUGUUUCCUCGCCCCUUCAAAAGCCGUCGGCCCGCCGGCAACGCGACAGACGACGCCACCCCCGCCGGAGGCAGCACGACAAGGACAGAGCACCCACUCACCACCAACGCUGCCCGCUGGCACGGCGCACCGGCCGGAGACGAUGAAGAAGUGCGCGUCGGAGCUGGAGUUGGAGGCGUUCAUCCGGGAAGGCGGUGGCGACGCCGGAGGUUUCGACGAGCCCGGAGGAGGGCGCGCCAGCAGCGGCGUGUUCUCGCCCGCCGGCGUACAGCCCGACAUCGGUUUCGGCGACCCGAACACCAUGGAUGCAAGCAGUGACGACAACCAGUGGUGGCCCAGGAGCAUCCGUACGCCGCGCCCAGACGCGUCGACCGCGGUCGAGUGGCAAACGGCGUCCAUCUCUGCAGCUAGCCCCAGGGGAACCACCUCACCAAAUCACGGUCAUGAGAGUGAGUCAGACUCCGACAGCGAAUCGUUGAUUGAUGUAGAGAGAGGUCCAUGUGAACGAGGCACCAAAACCAUGGAAACAAAGCGAAUAAGAAGGAUGGUGUCCAACAGGGAGUCCGCUCGCCGUUCCAGGAGUAGAAAGCAGUCACAAUUAGCUGAACUCGAGUCACAGGUCGAACAACUUAAAGGUGAAAAUGCAACUGUGUUCAGGCAACUUGCAGAGGCCAACCAGCAGUUCACUACCGCGGUCACAGACAACAGAAUCCUCAAAUCGGAUGUAGAAGCCUUAAGAGUCAAGGUAAAAAUGGCAGAGGAUAUGGCAGCUAGAAGCGCAAUGUCCUGCGGCCUAGGUGACCUCGGUCUGGCACCAUUUCUGAACUCAAGGAAGAUGUGCCAAGCGUUGGGUAUGCUCACAGUCACAGGGUUGGACUUGCUAGGGAGUGAUUCAUGCUUCAGAGGUCAAGCCCCAGCUCGACAAGUUCAGAACUCGCCGGUUCAAAGCACUGCAAGCCUAGAGAGUCUAGAUAACCGGAAGUCCAGCGAGGUGACGAGCUGCGCGGCAGACAUGUGGCCUUGAGAUUCAGGCAUUAAUCAGAUUCAAAGCUUGAUUGACACAAAAAAAAGAACACCAUUUCAUCACCUCAAGUAUCUGAUGCAUUGGGACCAUAGCUUCUUUUACAAAUUUCCUUGAACCAUGUUUCUACAGAAGGCUUCGACAUGCAUCACUCCUUUGAUGUAGCUAUGCCGUGUUGCACCAGUGGGAAAGAUAUCAUCUACUGCAGUUGCCAUGACAAACAGGGAAUGCGGCAAACCUCGAGUAAAAUUUCCAGUAGAAAAUGAAGUCGUCUAUGUACAAAGCUGCAAAAGCAGAGUAUAUAAGUAAAUGAAAUAUCCUGAAUAAAUAUGUGAAGUAGGGAAUGAUGCUUCGGAUCCAA